CAUCGUCGAAACGUUGGUUCGCAUCAGUCGUGGAAGUCGUCCCGCAGACAGUUCGAACUAUGCGGCCGUGUCUCAUCGUCCUGAUCUUCCUCGCGAGCACGGCACUCGCGAGGUACCACGAAAAGACGCGUUUCGAUCGAUCUGUAUACGAUGAGAUGAGAAACGUAGAUUACAAUAAUGAAGAAAAACAAUGGUCUUUUAAUGAUGAUGUAACGCAAUUCAUUGCAUACAAGAGCAGGGAGGAAAACGAUUGUUAUCUUGAAGACGUAAGACAGGGUCAUAAUAUUAUUUCACGUAAGAAGCGACAAUUCAAGGUACUCUAUGCAUCGUCAGCCCUCACGAAACUAGAGGCGUGGCAACUUGCUGGAGGUCGAAUCGUUGAUUUCUGCAAUAGACGCAAUAUCCUUUUGUUACAAACAAUGAGACCUGUGUCAGGGCAAGCUCUCAAUCCCUUUUUCAAUGAAAUUUCUACAGACAAAAACGAUAUUUCGUCCAAACGCAUAGCUGAUAUGGUUUUAAUACCGUUGAAAGCUCGAACAAAACGACAGAUUCAACUCGAGCAACGAGAGAAAAAAAAAUUGAACAAAAAUAUCAAUCAAAUUCGAAAACGUCGACAAACGAAUCAGUUUCGAGGAAAGUUUCGUGGACAGACGCAGUCUCAAUAUUUGAAUUUUGGUAACGAUGAAAAAAAAGAGGGCAAAGCCGAAGCUGAGGCUACUCAGCAAUCUUCACACGCAGUAGUUAGUGGUAGUCGUGGAAUGGGUCAAGCGCAAAGUAUGUCAUCAGGUGGCACCGGUUGCGAAGACUGUCCCGGAUAUCCUGGAUAUCUUGGAUAUCCUGGCAUCGAAAGGGCACCGGAUAAGGUACGAGUUCCAUCUGCUCGUACUGACGGAUAUGUGCAAGUUCUAGGUGCUGGUACACCUGGUAUUGUACAGCCUGGAGUCGUUUCUGGAGUCCCAUCUUAUUCUGGCGGGCAGAUAACAUAUCCAACUGGAGUAGUUCCUGGGGAAAUUAGCACAUAUCCUGGUAUUCGCCCUGGCAGACCAGAAAUGUAUCCCGGAGGUGUUCGUCCUGGCACUGUUAUACCAGGAGCUGAAGGGACGUAUUCUGUAGGUGUUCGUCCUGGAACAAUGACACCAGGAACUGAAGAGAUAUAUCCUGGAGGUGUUCGUCCUGGUACAGUGAUACCUGGAGCUGAGAGGCCAUAUCCUGGAGGUGUCCGUCCUGAUAUUGUGAUACCAGGAGUUGAGAGGCCGUAUCCUGUGGAUGUUCGUCCGGGUACCGUGAUACCAGGAGCUGGUGGGAUAUAUCCUGGAAGUGUUCGUCCUGGGAGUGUAACACCAGAAGUUGAUAGGACAUAUCCUGGUGGUGUUCAACCACCUGGAACUAUAAUACCAGGAAGUGAUAGAACAUAUCCACCUGGAACUUUAAUCACAGGAGAUCGUGGACUAUAUUCUGGAGGUAUCCAGCGUGGAGGAGUUUUACCUGGUGUGACAGUAGGAGUUGAAAAAUAUCCAGGAGGUAUUCAACCUGGAGUUCAACCAGGACAAAGUGUGUAUCCUCCUAGUGGUAUUGUAACCACUUCAGUAACAACAGGUGCCACUGCUGUUACUGGUGUUGGAACUUAUCCAAUUAGUACUCCAGAAUUAACAAGUGGAACAUAUCCGGCAGUUCCUGGCACAGGAGUAAUUCCUGGCACAGGAGUAAUUCCUGGCACAGGAAUAAUUCCUGGUACAGGAGCAAUUCCUGGUACAGGAGCAAUUCCUGGCACAGGAAUAAUUCCUGGUACAGGAGCAAUUCCUGGUACAGGAGCAAUUCCUGGCACAGGAGUAAUUCCUGGCACAGGAAUAAUUCCUGGUACAGGAGCAAUUCCUGGUACAGGAGCAAUUCCUGGCACAGGAGUAAUUCCUGGCACAGGAGUAAUUCCUGGCACAGGAAUAAUUCCUGUAAUUCCUGGCACAGGAGUUCCUGGCACAGGAGUUCCUGGCAUAGGAGUUCCUGGUACUGGAAUUCCUGGUACUGGAGUCUAUCCUGGUGUUCGACCUGAUGCUAUCCCAGGAACAAGUGUCGGAACAUAUCCUGGUAGUGUUGUGCCAGGAACAGUAACUCAAGGAGUUUAUCCUGGACAGCAGACUGUUGUAUACCGCUCUGAAGGUGUUCCAUCAGGCACUUUACCAAGCAGAGGUCAAGUUCCUAGUACGAUUACAACUACAACAUCUGGUUCUGGUACACAAGUAAUAACUUAUCCAGAUGGUCGACCAACGAACGGUCAAACAGUUUACCUUGGUGAUAUUCAACCUGGAAGGAUUCCUGAAGGUACUCAAGUUGUGUAUCCAGGUGUUACAUAUCCAGGAACUAUUCCAGGUACAUAUCCUGGCGGUGCACAACAAAUUCCUUCUGCCGGUGGUACUUUAUACCCUGGCCAAGUAAUCCAUCCAGGUGGUCAAGUGCCAACUUAUCCAAGCGGACAGUAUCCAGGCACAGGUAUCGGAAUUUCAGGAAAGGAAGGAGUUCAGUAUCCAACAGGCAUAACGGGAGGUCAAAUACCUGGAAGACCUGAUGUGACUGAGCAGUAUCUUGGUCGGUUUCCAGGCGGAAUCAGUCAAAGAGUAGACAGUAGUCAAUAUCCAGGAGAAUUUUAUCCGGGAAUGGUUGGACCUGCAGGUAUAGAAGAAACUGGGGGCUUAACUAAACCGGCAGGUCCAGCAGGUGUGACAGACGACGGUACCGAAUCACAGGCAUCGAGUUCCGUGCAGCAGGUGAAUUCGGGUACUCAAGCGAGCGCUUCGGCUCAGGGUAAAUACGGAUCGGGUACAGCUCAGUCGCAAGUGACAGGUACCUAUAGCGGUUCAGGCACCUUCUCUGCCCAAGCUGGUACUAGCGACGCCAACAAGAGUGCUCAGGCUGAGAUCAGUGGCGGUAAAGAAGGAGCUACUAGCAAUGCGCAAGGCGUCGCCGGUUAUGGAAAAAGUCAAACACAGGUUCAAUUAGAUUCCGAUUCCGGAGCUACCUCAACAGGUGCUCAAAGCAGUGGAUGGAACCAUGGUACCAAUUCGCAAGUGCAAGCAAGCUCCAAGGGCGGAAUGGCGGAUGCUCAAGCUAACGGCGAGGGCAAUACUUCCAGUCAGGCGCAGAUUGGGUUCCAGCCGUACUUGAAGAGCGAAGAUGAGAACGUGGAAAACCACGAGACGCCAUUUCGCGGUAGCGGAACAGCAUCGGCUCAAAGUGGCACUCAUCGAGGUCAGUCCCAAUCGCAGUUACAAGGUUCUUUUCAAUACGGGAUCACGUAUACCGGUGCAGCGCAAGCCGGUUCUGGAUCUGGUGCCGCAUCCUCGAGAAAGCCCUUUAACUUCACGGAUUCCGAACUUUUCAAGUCCUUCAAACCAGCUCCUUCUUCGAAACGACCAAUGAAUAUUGACAGUGCACAGUCGAGUCCGUCGACAAAUUCGAAUUACGAUAACAGGCAGGAUGAAAACAAACAGAAUCGCGAGCAAGGCUUGCAAAGCAGCUCGACUUCGAGACAAACCGUUAUCCUGUCUUCGAAAAACAAUCCGAACGACGCUGACAAAAAAGUGCUCUCUACCGAAAAACCACGAACGGAUGACACAGCAUAUGACGAAUACGACGAUGACUACACGGACGAAGAUGAUUAUCCCACGGGUUCAAAGUUGACAAUCAAAGAGAAGUUUUCGGAAACUUUCCCGGGCUCGAGCUCGAGUCAUCAAAAACUUGACAAGACCAUUCAGCAGCAAAGUCGCAGUCAGACGCAGACAAUACAGGUCGCUAAAGGGAAUCAAUAUAACAUCCACGUUAGACAAGAUUCAAACGUACCGCGAACGGAUGGUACUCUGCAACCAGGACAAUCCGUAUCAGGAUACACCGUCCCAUCUGGAUUCCGCGGCCGAGUAAUGUCGGCUUCUGGCACCGAGACUGUUGCUCAGGGUGACGGUAAAUCUCAAUCGCAGACUGCAUCUUUAGUCCCUAAGGACUUAAAUAAUACCAGAUCAUCGCUCGUCACAGAGACCAGAUCGCUUCAGACCAAUCACAAUCGUUACAUUGGCCGGCAUAUGUCAAAAAAAGAGCCUUCCCUUAAUCAAAAUAUAUCUUUCGACAAGCGUACGAAACCUACCCCUGCAGUAGCGGCGAAGCCGAGUUACUACACCGUGACCAACAGUUUCGCCGGCAAAAUGAACGGCAGCAACGAACCGAGAAAGUACGAACAUAGAUAUUAUACUAAGAGUUCCACCUGUGGAUACUUCACGUUUUCUUGUAAUGUCGUGUACGGUUCCAACGGUAGGACGAAGAUCUGCAAGCCAAAAGUGCCGACG